AUGGAGGGCAUAUACAUGAGAUAUCACAUGGCGUUGUCGUCAGUGCCUCUAUCAAGUAUAAAGUUGAAUGGACGACUACAUGCUAUAAACACGUUUUCUUCAUAUUAUGUUGGAGUACAGCUGGAAUGUAUUUUGCGGGUGAUGAAUUAUGAAGCAAGGGAUAGCGAAUUAUCAUAG